AUGGCUGAAAAUGAUUUUCGAAAUAAAACUGUAUGUGUAACAGGUGCUGGACGAGGUAUUGGUAAAACAUUAGCUUUACGACUUGCUCAACUUGGUGCUAAAGUGAUUGCUGUUAGUAAAACUAAUGAAAAUUUGAAAGAACUUGUUAUACAAAAUAAUAAUAUUAUUCCAGUAUGUGUUGAUUUAAGUGAUUGGAAAGCAACGAAAGAAGCUAUCAAACCACAUCUUCCAAUUCAAUUAUUAGUAAAUAAUGCUGCUGUCUCUAUUCUUGAUUCAUUUCUAGAAGUCAAACCAGAAGAUUUUGAUACAUUAUUUAAUGUCAACGUUCGAUCAAUUAUUUGUGUUAGUCAGGAAAUUGCACGUGAUUUAAUUGAACGUAAAUUACCUGGUUCAAUUGUUAAUGUAUCAAGUCAAGCAGCUGCAGCAGCAUUAAAAUAUCAUAGUCUUUAUUGUUCAUCGAAAGCAGCAGUUGAUGGUUUAACACGUGUUAUGGCAUUAGAAUUAGGUUCUCAUCAAAUUCGAGUCAAUAGUAUACAACCAACAGUUGUUUUAACAGAUAUGGGUCGAAUUGCUUGGUCUGAUGAAAAGAAAGCUGCAGGAAUGUUAUCAAAAAUUCCAUUAAAUAGAUUUGCUGAAGUGGAAGAUGUUGUUGAGCCAAUUAUAUUUUUACUUUCGGAUAAAUCUAAAAUGAUUAAUGGUACUUGUUUACCUAUAGAUGGUGGAUUUUUGGCAACGUAA